AUGUUUGAUUCGAAAGAGUUCGACGACGAUUUUGAUAAAUUCUUCGAGGACCAUAGACAAUUUUCCAGGAUGAAUAUGUCAUCAAUAGCAUAUGGUAUUGUGGCAGUAGUCAUAUUGCUUAUGAUACUGGCAUGUUGUUGCCGACGACGCAGAAAUCGUGGUGAAGUGCUCAGUGUAGAAACAACAGCAGUGCGUGUACCUGCUCCACCGGGACCCAACAAUCCCCCAUACCCACAGCAACAAUAUGUGCCAACACCUCCACAACAAUAUCCUGUGUCACAAUAUCCAGUUCAAAACGCAAGUUCGCCGUACCCGACGCCCAUGCCGGCGCCUUACCCCACGGGAGCGCCCUACCCUACUGGAUCCUAUCCCACCGCUGCACCAUAUCCAGCGGCACCCUAUCCAAGCACUUAUCCCACGGGUGGGGCACCGUAUCCGACGGGUGGAGCGCCUUAUCCCGCCAUGGGUGCGCCUUAUCCGCCUGCGCAGCCAAGUGCUCCAGAAGCAAGUGCACUACCUCCUUCAUACGACCAAGCAGUGGGCAAGCAGGCGAACAUAUACACCGCUACACACUAA